AUGGGUUUUUACUCUGUUACCUUCUCUCUGUUCUCAUGCUUAGCCUGAGCCUUCUCUGUGAUGGUUACAACGGAGAUAGAAAAGUCCAUAUUGUGUACAUGGGAUCACUUCCUGACCGCGAGUAUUCACCAUCAUCUCAUCAUCUUACUAUGCUACAAGAUGUUGUUGAUGAGAGCAGUUCUGCAGAAAAUUUGUUAAUUAGAUCUUACAAAAGGAGUUUCAAUGGAUUUGCAGCAAGAAUCACUGAUGAUGAGAGAGAGAAGCUAGCUUCAAGGGAAGGAGUUGUCUCAGUUUUCCCCAGUAGAAUGUAUAAGCUCCAAACAACAAGAUCUUGGGAUUUCAUGGGGUUCAACGAGAGCGUAAAACACGAAGCCAGUGCUGAGAGUGAUAUUAUAAUUGGUGUUAUUGACACCGGAGUCUGGCCCGAAUCGGAAAGCUUUAAUGAUCCAGGUCUUGGUCCUCCUCCGAAGAAGUGGAAGGGUGCUUGUGUUGGCGGCAAAAAUUUCACUUGCAACAACAAGCUGAUUGGAGCACGAUACUAUAAUUCAUCGGGUGCAGAGAUUGAUUCUACAAGAGAUUUCGAUGGUCAUGGAACCCAUACUGCUUCUACAGCUGCAGGAAACAAAGUAAAGGGUGCAAGUUUCUAUGGUCUGGCUCAAGGAACUGCAAGAGGAGGCGUUCCCUCUGCGAGAAUUGCUGCCUAUAAUAUUUGUGAUGAACACGAUUGUCCUUCAGAGAAUGUAUUGGCAGCUUUUGAUGAUGCUAUUGCUGAUGGAGUUGAUAUUUUAUCAGUUUCAUUAGGACUACAAAAUCCAGCCCCGUUCGAGUAUGAACCUGUUUCAAUUGGUGCUUUCCAUGCAAUGCAGAAAGGAAUUCUCACCGUGCAAGCAGCAGGAAAUACAAUCUCUACUUACAUUAAUGGAUCAGUGUCGGCUAUAUCUCCAUGGAUUCUUUCAGUAGCAGCAAGUACCACAGAUCGGUUUUUCAUCGACAAAGUUGUUCUUGGGAAUGGCAAGACAUUAGUAGGGGUUUCAAUUAAUGCUUUUAGUCUAGGUGGAGUGAAGUAUCCGUUGAUAUUCGGAGAAAACAUAACGAGAUCAUCCAAGUGCACAAAGGAUCUUACGGAGUCUUGCUCUAUCGAUUGCGUAGAUAGUGAUUUGGUGAAGGGAAAAAUUGUGUUAUGUGAUUGGUUCUAUGGAAACUUCUUGGUUGAGAGAGCAAAAUCAGCCGUGGGAUCAAUAACUAAAAGAGACCAUGAUAAUUAUACUGCUCAAAUUCCUAUUUUACCAACAUCAGAUUUAAGCCCGGAUGACUUCGACAAUGUCAUUACCUAUGUGAGCACAACAGAGAAACCUGUUGCGGAAAUAUUAAAAAGCGAGACAAUUGAAAGUUCAGAUGCCCCUCUUGUGGCUUUCUUCUCCGCACGUGGCCCUAAUUUGAUUGUACAUGAUGUUUUGAAGCCAGAUUUAACAGCUCCUGGAGUGGAUAUCUUGGCUGCAUAUUCUCCUCUUGGUUCACCCGCUAGAGACCCCACUGAUCAUCGGCAUGUAAAGUACAGUAUAUUGACUGGAACCUCCAUGUCUUGCCCCCAUGCUGCUGGUGCCGCUGCUUAUGUCAAAUCAUUUCAUCCUGACUGGUCUCCUUCAGCCAUAAUGUCUGCUCUGAUGACCACUGCUUGGUCGAUGAAUUCUUCGAAGAAUCCAUACGGAGAAUUUUCUUAUGGAUCCGGGCAUAUCAAUCCCGUAAAAGCCAUAGAUCCUGGACUAGUAUAUGAUGUUGCUAAUAAAGGGGACUACAUAGAGUUGCUAUGUGGCAUGGGCUAUAAUGGAAGUAAACUUAGACAAAUAACAGGAGACAAUAGCACCUGUCUUAAAGGUGGAGAAAAGUUCUUGGCCAGAGAUCUUAAUUAUCCUUCAAUGGCCCUCAGAGUUCACAAAAGACAGGAAUUUAAUGUUACUUUUCAUCGAACUGUCACAAAUGUUGGCCCUGAAAACUCCACUUACAGGUUGAAUGUUACCCCGGAUCCGAAGAGUAGAAUUGAAGUGAUGCCUGAAAUUCUCACGUUCAAGUCUCGGAAUGAGAAAAAGUCUUACCAAGUUACCGUGGCGGGAAAAUUAAUGGAAUUCUCAGAACGAGCUUCUGCAUCUUUGGUCUGGUCUGAUGGCAUUCAUAAUGUGAGGAGUCCCGUUGUUGUUUAUACUCCCGAAUUUGAAUAAUCGAUUUAUUUGGCUGAUAAUCCAGAUCGUACAUGAUGGAAUAAUGUGUUUUACCCCAAAA